CAAUCCUCAUCUUGCUGUUUUGCAGAGAAAUGGCUCAUUCCAAGGCUAGCUUUUCGUGGGCAACUCCGUUCAAUCCUUGCCUUGAGAACCCAGCACUGGGCUUGUCAAGCUACCGAGCAGUCUCUUCUCUUGACCUCCUUGAAGACUUCAAGCACUCUUCAAAAAAAACAGAGGAAACUUCUGUUUAUGAGGAGGGGAGCUCCAUGGCCUCCAUGCCCCACCCACUGCGCAACCGUGCCUUCUCUGAAAGCCAUAUAAGCUUGGAGCCCCAGAGCUCCCUGGCCUGGCGGCAGCAUAGGAGAGAGCUCUUUACCAAGGUUGAGACCCAGCCGGAUCCUCUGGGAGCCAGGAAGAAGGCCUUUCCUCCUCCUCGCCCUCCUCCUCCCAACUGGGAGAAAUACAGGCUUUUCCGUGCAGCCCAGCAGCAGCAGAAGCAGCAGCAGCAACAGCAGCAGAAGGAGGAGGAGGAAGAGGAGGAAGAAGAGGAGGAAGAGGAGGAAGGGGCAGAGGAGGAAGAGGAGGGGGAGGAGGAGGAGGAGCUGCCACCCCAGUAUUUCAGUUCAGAAACCACUGGUACCAGUGCCCUCAAUCCUGAAGAGGUCCUGGAGCAGCCACAACCCCCGGGCUUUGGCCACCUGGAGGAUUCAAGGCAGGGCUCAGAAAGCCUCUCAGCAGAGCAAGAGUCCUUUGGUCUCCAUUCCAGCAAUUUCCUGACUCCAAUAAGGGGACACUUGGGCUCUCAACCUGAGAAGGCUCAGCCCCCUUGCUAUUAUGGUAUUGGUGGCCUUUGGAGAACAUCAGAGAAGGAGACCACUGAUUCCCCCAAACCAGAAGCCUUGAUGGCAGAAGAGUCCAAACCCAAGCCAGCAUGGAGCCAGAGCUACUUCUUUCCUGAGGAGCAGUUCUCUUUCAUGGGCUGGAGCUCUGAGAAGCAGCACCUCAGUCCCAUGGGCUUCAGUGAAUCCAAGACAACAGGACAAGAGUUUCAGCACUUCUCACCUCCUCCAGGGGCCCCAGGGAUCCCCACCUCUUACUCAGCUUAUUACAAUAUUUCGGUGGCCAAGGCAGAGCUGUUGAACAAGUUGAAAGACCAACCUGAGAUGGCAGAGACUGGCCUGGGAGAGGAAGAAGUUGACCAUGAACUGGCUCAAAAAAAGAUACAGCUUAUUGAAAGCAUUGGCAGAAAACUGUCGGUCCUGCGGGAAGCCCAGCGAGGACUGCUAGAGGACAUCAGUGCCAAUUCUGCCCUUGGGGAGGAGGUGGAGGCCAACCUGAAAGCUGUCUGUAAAUCCAAUGAGUUUGAAAAAUACCGCUUGUUUAUCGGGGACCUGGACAAAGUGGUCAACCUGUUGCUGUCACUCUCUGGACGACUAGCCCGGGUGGAGAAUGCUCUCAACAGUAUUGAUUCAGAAGCUAACCAGGAGAAGUUGGUGCUGAUAGAGAAGAAGCAGCAGCUGACAGGGCAGUUGGCAGAUGCCAAGGAGCUGAAGGAGCAUGUGGACCGCCGGGAGAAGUUGGUGUUUGGCAUGGUCUCCCGCUACCUGCCUCAGGACCAGCUCCAAGAUUACCAGCACUUUGUGAAGAUGAAAUCUGCUCUCAUCAUCGAACAGCGAGAACUGGAAGAGAAAAUUAAGCUUGGGGAAGAACAGCUCAAAUGUCUCAGGGAGAGCCUACUCCUGGGGCCCAGCAAUUUCUAAUUCCACCAGCAGACUGUCACACCAUCCCUGCCCAGCCACAACGGGAAGUGCUUUCAGUCUUCGUUAGCAGUUUGUUAGAAAGUAGAUAGCAGUUUAGUUAGCAGUUUGUUCCAUAUCCUCUACCUUGGACAUCUCUCACUGCCCCUUACCUAGCAUUGCUCCCAACCAGCUAGGAGUUCCUGAUGAGGCCCCCAAGCCUCUACUCUAGGGAAUAGAUACAAGAGCUAGGAGCUGCCUGCAGCAAAGGGUGAUCAUACAACCACACUCCCCUUCCCACGGUUUGCACAGGCAAGUGCUCACCACACACAGAACCAACAAAGUGCCUUCAUUCUUCUUGGUCCAAGGACUGCAAAGACACCAUGCACUCACCACCCACCCAUGCCCCAAUCAGCCUCUCAAGGCUCAGAGAGAAGCUGCCUGUGCAGCUCCAUUCUGCCCAAGGCUCAAAGCCCAGCCAUUUCCCACAGAGAUCUGGCUGUCUUGAGAGCAUCACUUCCCACCAGUUUAAGGGCCUCACCUAAGCUUUACAGUGGGAAGCACAGAAAGAGAAAUUACACUAAACAGAAUGUGAGCAAAGAUCGGGAAUCCCUAGGUGCCCUGCCGAAGCUAGGUUUAAACAAAUGGGCUCCACCCCCACUGGCCCCAGCAUCUGGUUGAGGGGGAAGAGGCCUACUCCAACUAGUGUGGCCCUCCUCCUGUCCUCAUACUUCUGGCUUACCACUUCCUGUUCCAUCUUGCCUUUUCAUUGCCAGUGGUCACCGGUGCCUACCCUAAGGGCUUCACACUAUGGACCAUUAAGCUCUACCAAAGCUGACUUCUGGAUACCCAUUUCAUUAUUGGGGUGAGGGGUUCUUUGUUGUAUUUUAAAUGGCCUUUUGAUUUUAUUUAUUUUUAUUUUUUGAUUUAUUUUUUUCCUUUUGUAACUAAUAAGGUGAAAAGAGGGGAGGUGGAAAGGGAAAAGGAAUCCUAGAAGGAAAGCAUGUUCUGCAGAUCAGCCUGGAUUCACCAUGGCUAGAUGAGGGAAUGCCAAGGCCUUGAAUUCUUCCCACCAAACACUACAAGUGUCUAAGAAAGGAGUUCUCACCUUGAACUUAAUUUACUAUGGCCUGGCCCUAUACUAAAGUCAGCAAUGACCAUAAGCUUAGCAUUCCCCAAUGGAUUUCAGUUUUUUACUUAUUUUUUCUCAAAACCAAAGAUAUCCAAAACUGACAAAAGUUCAUCACCCAUUUUUCUACUAUCUCCCAUCUAAGGAAAUGGGUAUAAGUGAACUCAGGAGGAGAUCCCUCUAUCUCACAAUUGCUUUCUCAGCCUGUGGCCUGACUCAGGGAACUGAAAGUCAUGGUAGCUGGAAGCUCCAGCCAGGGCCAGCCCCCCCAGAGCAAAUUAUGAUCCAGCCAGGAUCUUAGGCACACAAACAACUAAUGCUGCUGUUGUUGCCAAUUCCCUGACACCACUAGCCAGUUUCUGUCCUGGAAAAUCCCUCAGGUGGGUGAUGGCAGGAAGGGAAUUGCGGCCAAACUCUGGCUUGUUAUCCAGCUCAAUUCCCCAUUCCUUGCUCACUGGCACCCACGGUUCAUAUUGCACAGCUCUGCCCAACAAACCUGGGCAUCUCUUCUAGUUACUGCUGAGUUCCUCAGGAUCCUUGGAGGUUAACUGUAGCAGCAGGGAUGCCUCAUUCAACCAAAAGAUUUUCCAAAGAACUUUGCUGCUGCUACAAAUAGUGGUCUCUAGCUUCCGUUUCCUUUCAUUGUAUUUGAAAACAAUGGAAGAAUCUUGGCCAGCAGGGUGUCCUGAGGGGGGCCCUGGGUAUGCUCUUAGUACACUGCUGCUCUCAGAACCACUGUUAAAAUGUCAACCUGCCAUUCUCCCCUCAACUGGGGAAGUCUACCCUAUUCACAAAGGCCGAUGGCUCCUAAAGGGCUAGGCUUACCCAAGCCACAUUUGAGGAAGGUGGGGGAGUGCUAUGAAUAGAAGCUAUGGUUACCAUCUUUUUUUUUUUUUCUCAAGCAGACUCUAGGAUAAACAAUGAGUAAGUUGAGACAUCCUAUAUUGGGGGGUGAGGCCAAUGUAGUCCAUCAUUCUAAGAUUUUCUGGGGCCAGAAUAGCUUUUUGGGAACACAGGCCGAGGGAAGAGUGGUCACUUGCCUGGGCAUGAUGACUGUGGUCUGGGUUUCUCUAGUCAGUGUUACAUUGCUUGUACAUUAAAUUUCUCACACAAAAAAGUACUAUUGAUUGUAUUAUUUUUGUUCCUUAUCCCACCUGAAAUUAAAGUUGAAACCAGAACACAAGGAUGCUCACUUUCACACAGAAGGGUGGUUUCUAAAACAAUAUAAUAACCACCAACCUAUACUGAGCAGUGAAGCUUGGCAGACAGGUGAAGUACCAAAAGGGAACUAAUGCCCUGCGCUGCUGAGGCAGCAGUGCCAUCAUGCCUCAUAGUGCUUCAGAGCUGCGAUGUGGUGUUUCUCCCAUGUUCUCAUUUCCUGGGCUCAGCCCUCUUGCAAGGCCUGCCAGGGGUAAGCAGUUUGGAAGGCAGGCCAAGGGAUUUCCCCAAAGACAAUUACUGGUCUUAAUUUUUGCCCUCUCUCUUCAGAUACUCAUAUAGGCCCCAGUGGGUAAUAGGUUGAUCUAGAGAGAGGAGUCAGUACAAGAGUUACUAUCACUUGUCCCUUCUCACUCCCCCACCCCCACCUAGAUAAUUGAGUCUCGAGUCCCACCAGUUGCAGACCCAGCCAGGGUAUAGUGGUAAAUGCUCAAGGGGAACCUGAGAGAAAGAGGCAGACACACUAAAAGCUCUAGAAAGGGAGAGACUGGAAGCAGAGGAACUGAGAGGGUGAAAGACGAAAAGUUUUUUUCAAGGCCAGAGUCAGGUUCUGUUUUCCAUUUAACCUCAAGUGUCAAAAAGCUGCCCUGGGCACUAGAGCCAUAACCUUUAACCCCCCAUCUCCCUGAAGGUGCUGCUCUGUCAGUAGUACCAAGUCCCAGAUGGAGGAAGCUGGGCACAUAUAUGGCCACUCCCUUCUGUCUGGAGCUUGGUGACUCCCACUGUCUUUGCCAAAGGAGUUGUCUAUGCCAAUAGUAUUUCUGUAACAGCCUAUUGUAUUCUUGGAAGAUUAGUAGAUCUUUAGAGGGGGGUGGGGCAGGGGACAGUUUCUAUAAAGAACCAGUGUUUGUUGUACAACUGUUGGGGGUCAUCUAUGCCAUGUUAUUAUUUUUCUGAAUCUUAUAGUUUCUGCAAUUGUGUCCUCCACCAUUCCCUUCUUGGCUGACAUUGAUAUGUCUGCCAGAUGGUCAUCAAGGGUUAUACUUCAAUAAAAGGUGCUAAGGACAAAAAAAAGAAAUUAUCUCACGUGUUUUGACUGAAGUGAUGGAAAUUCUCUAAUAUUCUGCUGAAAAAUAUUGGAAAACAAUUUGGUCACAUAUCAAUAAUCCUUCAUAUGUAACUGUAUGACCAGAGUCUUGCCCACAUCCCUAAACUCUUACCCUGGCCCAUUGGGGAUAGCAUUGAUGCUAUACCAUUCAUUAUCCCCAGUAAAAUAAUUCAGAAUUCAGGAAGACUCAACAAUAAGUGUAAUCUCAAGUAUAGACCUCAGUAGUAUACAGAGUGCACUUCUGGAGUCUAGCCUAAUCAGAGAGCUGAGACACCUUCUACACCUCCUCCAAUCUUGAGUUCUACUAUCUUCUACCUAAUAGUCCAGUCUUAUACCUUCCUCUUAGCAACCUGGAAAACAAGGUUCUCACUGACCAGCUCUCUCUAAAUAACCUCAUUUAGACCCAAAUGCACUCCAGGAACCAACUCUGACACUUAAAAGCCUACAUUUUCCCUCAGUCUACACAUUGUUUAAAUUCCAACUGAUCUCCUAGGUAUCCAGUGUGGUAGAGUGGAAAGAGCCCAGCUUUGGCAUUAAAGUGAAAUGUGUUCAAA